AUGGCAUCAUUCAAGGAAUUGUCCAUGUCGCGUCCUCUCCCCAACCCCAGCCAGCGAUCCCACGCCCACGCGCACUCAAUCUCGCUGGGUGCGGUCAAUUCACACCACCGUGUCACACGCCGCAAGAGUGUCACUACCGCGGCCGCCAAUGCCGCCGCUGCGGUCGCUGCCUCCAUGGAAGGCGGAGAGUCCACCUCGCUACCCAUGGCGCACCGCCGCACCCUAGGAGGCCGCAAGGGACUGGAAUCCGGGUCUGUCGGCAACGUGUCAGGUUUCAGCUCAUACCUCUCCCGCAGCAUCAACAGUCCUAGCCAGGAACCGCCGGUCGCCCGCAAGGGCUCCCCUGGGUCGGAAACCGAUGCCAAACUAAAGAACCGGAACCGUCGCGCCAGCGAGGGUGCCAUACUGAAGACUGAGGGGAAGCGUGUUCCGGCAGACCUGCGUUGCGAUCGCUGCGGGAAAGGGUAUAAGCAUGGCAGCUGCUUGUCCAAGCAUAUGUGGGAGCACGACCCAGCAUGGGCCGUUACUUCAAAGCUUCUCAUCUCUAAGCACCAGCAGGUUCAACUGCUGGAAGCCGCCUCCGUUCUGGUCACCAUGAACCACGACGAUCCCCCCGAUGAGGCCGCUGAGUUGGCCGAACUGGAGUCCGAACUGUCUUCGGGAUCACCGGACGCUUCGUCCGAGGCGCGGGACGGAAUCAGCUCCGCUGAAACCACGCCACCCCCGAUGGACGAGGAAGAAGACGACGAUUUCGAGAUGUCCGGCGUGCCGGCCCACUGGGCCAAGCGACCCAGCGUCAGCAACGCCUCGGGUUUCUCUCGUUCCUACCAGUCUAUUCCUUCCAGCUCGUACAACGAAAGCGCGCCACUGCACUCCCCUGCCUUCUCCCACUUCCGCCACUCGAGCAUCGACACCCGUCCUUCGACCGCCGACACAAGGUUACACGAAGAUGAUGAGGCGGAUCUUGCCGCGGCCAUCGGUCUCUGCAAUUUCGGCACUCCCCGCACCGGGCCCGUCUCCAUGACUCCCGACGUGCCGCCAGUGCCUCCACUGCCCGCGCGCUAUCUCGACUCGAGCAGCCACCCGAGCAACCAAAGCCCCCACUUGGCUCAGCCGCGCCCCGCCGAGCAAGCCCGCCGAGAUUCCGAAGCCAACAUCUUCAUCUCUCGAUCGCUCAACCCGUCCCUGUCAUACAAGGUGUCGGAUGAGCGUGAGGUCCGCACCAGCGGCAAGGAGGCCGAGGAAUCCCGUCAGCGCCGCAACGCCGACGUGGACUUUGGCAACCGCUCGGCACCAGCCGACGAUGAUGAUGACGGAGUCUUUGGCCGCAUGGAAGAGUGA